GCAACUUGUCGCAACCACCCAUCAAACAACCACCACCCACCGCUUCCUCGUGUCGAUCACAACGCAGCACUUUUGACCGCUGGCCGGCUUUCCGUGCAGUCCCUCUCUGUCAGCAGAGACUCAUCAGCAAUGUUCUCGAGGAUAGCACGGCGCAGCCGGGCAUUGCCCGCGCUCCGCGGCGGCGCGAGGUGCACCAACAGCAGCGCGCGCAAUCACAUCCAACUCCAGCACCGCACGCUCGUCUCAGCCCCGAAACCUGGCGAUGGGCCGUUGAUGGAGAGGCGGGCAGACCGCGAGCUUCCAGAAAUUCCCGGAUCUCGCUGGGCCCGCACAAUGCCCAUCUUCGUCGUCCUAAUCGCUGCCGCGAGCAUCGCAAUCUUCAACUACCAGAAGUCGUCGAGCCCAAUCGUCGGCGCGACCAUGUAUGCGCUGCGGACGAACCAGAAGGCCCGCGACUACCUCGGCGACGAGGUCUACUUCAAGCACCAGAUCCCCUGGAUCUCGGGCGAGAUGAACCAGGUCCGCGGCCGGAUAAACAUCAGCUUCGCCGUCAAGGGCACGCGGAACACUGGAGUCAUGCGGUUCUCAAGUAACCGCCCCACUCCCCGCAGUGCGUUCGAGACGCUCGAGUGGAGUUUGGUCACGUCGGAUGGGCAGGUCAUUGAUCUGCUUGACGGGGAGGAUCCGUUCAAGGCAGUAGAAAGUUUCCCCAUGGAUGAAGAGGAGCUGGAGGCCAUCAGGACCAAGGGCUUCCGGCAGGAACUCAGAUAAUGUGGAACACGCUUUUGAGGAUGAGAGUGUGCUUGGCCACACACAGCGACAGAGCUCCUGGGCACAACUUUAGGAAGGGCGUCUUUGCUGUGCUACCGUGCUGAUGCCUUUUAGGCGGGUCAAGCAGGGAGAAAGUAAGCGGGAUGGACGGUCAGGACUUAGG